AUGUCUUCCGCUCUCAGGAUCGCUCGCGUUGCCCGCCCCCUCGUCGCCAACUCCCAGGUGGCCCGCUUCUCCAUUGCUCCCCGCAUGAUGGCUGCUGGUGACGCCGGUGCUCCCAGAUCAGGCGGCUCUGCCUCGAGCGAUGCCUUCACAAAGCGCGAGGAGGCCUCAGAGAACCUCUACGUCAAGCGCCACGAGCAGGAGAAGCUUGAGGCCCUCAGACAGAAGGUCAAGCAGGGUGAGGCCCAGCUCGCAAAGGACAAGGCCGACCUCGACAAGGUUGAGAAGAAGCACUCAACGCUCGACGCUCCAAGCUGGACAAGCAACCAGCAAGUCAACGAACAUACAUUGGUCGAUAUGCCACUCCUCGAACCACCAAUGCCGCCGCUUGAGACCAUCUUCAAAAGCUUGUCCGGCACAUGGAAGCUCCACCGAUCGCUCACCAGUGCUCUCCCUGGCUUUCCUUCUGGAACCUUUAAUGGCACCGCCACGUUCAAGCCCUACAGCGACAGCACGUUCGACGGAAGCUCUCUACUUUACCAUGAGACCGGUGAGCUUGUGACAGAGCUCGGCUACAAACUGCUGGCCAACCGAAAAUACAUAUAUCGUUUCAGUCCUGACGACGAGAAGAUCGCCAUGUGGUUUGUCAAGGAGCCAGCACCUGAUGGCAGCGAAGAGGUCGACUAUCUGUUCCACGAACUUGAGUUUUCCUUUCUUGAUCAACGCUGGAUUGCCAAGGGAGACCACUUGUGCGAGAAAGACAUGUAUUGGGCCUUUCACGACUUCAGACUGGACGACAACAUGAAGAGAUGGGGCUUGCGUUACAAGGUCAAGGGCCCCCAGAAAGACUACCUUAGCGACUCUGCCUAUGAGCGUAUCGCCUGA